AUGAACAAUAACCAGAGACCACGGCUUCAGAGAAGUGCCUCUGAGCGGGGCACACUCCAGAGAUCAAGCUCGCUGUUUGGGCUGCUUGGGCGUGUCCCAUGGCCAACCAACGAGGACGACCACUACUCUUCCAGCGGAGAAGAUGAGCAAUACCCGGUUGCUCCGCCCUCACCCGUGGUGUCACAGGAGGAGGCAAAGAGGGCGCGCAAGCAGAAGCUGCAGCGGCUGUUCAAGCAGGGCGUGAGCAGAGUGGUGAGGGAGAGGGCGGAGGAGAUGGACCUCAUGGCGAAGAAGGGCUCCCUUUACGUCAUGGACGCCUUCGCGGGAAGGCUGCAGCACGGGAUGGCCGCGAUGUCCACGAAGCCGUGGUACAUCUUCAUGGCCUUCCGGCUACAGAUCAGCGCGUACUGGAUGUGGACCAUCAUCGCGAGCAGCGUAGCGCACUCGCUCCUGGUUUUCCUGGAGCCCCGACCGGGGAGGCCUCCCGAAGACGGGGUGUUGGGGCCCGGGACCCUGCUGGGCCUCGAGGCGGCCUUCAUCACUGUCUACGCGCUGGACGUGGCCCUCAAGGCCAGCUACAUGGGGCUCAAGAGCUACGUCAAGAAGCCGUGGCAGAAGCUCAUGGUCGUGAUCGUGCUCCUGCUGGCGAUAGACGCCUCUGGGGUGGUCGGAGUUCGCUUCGCCCGCGCGUUGCGGCCAGCAAUUUUGUCGGUGCGGACACGACACAUCCGACGCUUCUACGCGGUGGUGAGCCAGAUGCUGCCCGGCUUCCUUAGGGUGUGUCUACCGGUCGUGUUUUUCUUGCUGUUAAGCGCCAGCUACGCGGCGCUGUCGUUCGGGAGGGCGAAAAGCGAUUUUGAGGACCCCAGCACGGCGGGUUACGCGAUUUGGAUCUUGAUGGUCUGCGCAGACAACUACGAGGCCUUGGUGCACGACCGUUCCACGCACCCUGCCUACGUGCCCUUCAUCGUCAUGGUGAUUGUCGUCGGUUCGAUGUUCCUGCUGUCACUGCUCCUCGGGGUCACGUACGACGUGUUCAUCGAGCACACCACGGAGCAGGUCAAUCAAGAGCGGAUGAAGGAGCUCAAGGGGCUCAACGUUGCCUUUGCCACCAUGGACCCCACGGGCACCGGCAAGCUGAGCAUGGUGGUUUGGGAAAGGUUCUUGCUACACCUGAUGCCGCGAACAACGCAGCAGGAACGAGCCCUCUACUUCGAGAUAGCCUCGAGUUUCGCAGAUAACCUGGACGUGCUGGGGUUCAUGGACCUGCGACAGGUGUUGAGCUACUCCUUCGUGAACGUGAACGCGGUGGAGAGGCAGGGCAAGCGCAAGAAGUGGGAGAAGAUGCCCCCGCGGGUGGCCUGGCUGCUGGAGAAGAUGGAGGCGGUGCUGGCCACGCGGUGGUGGAAACACACGGUCGCCGCGGUCGUUCUCCUUGACUGCUUCAUCUUGCCCCACAGCAUUCCGCACCAGGGGCCGGGGCUGAUGGUGACGCGGCUCACCAUGGCGUGCGGGGCGGUUUUGCUGUUGGAUCAGGCGUUUCAGCUGGCGGAGUGGAUGCACCAGGGGGCUGGCCCCGGCCCGCUCAAGCUCUCGGGGGGCAAGAGCCUGCACACGAAGGUGGCAGGAGUGGGCGUCAUCCUGCACACCUUGGUGGUGGCCUUGCUCCACUGCCCGCCGCUUCUGUCCCUCGUCUGCUCCUUGGUCUCCUUCGCCUGGGACACCUUUUCCUCCGACUCCGGAUCUCUACCGUCAGAAUUUUCUGGCGGCGGCGGCGGCGGCGGCGGCGGCGGCGGCCCGGAGUUCUCCGUAGUAGGGGCGGAAGGGCUGGGGGCCGCGGGCGGUGCUUGGGAGGGAGAGAUUUGCGGGCUUGACGAAGGCGUCUUCGGGGGGGGGAGCGGGCUCGGGGUGUUUGAGGGGGGCGGCGGACGGGAAAGGAUGUGCAUGGAAGUGGACUGGGAAGCCCUGAACGAAAAGAGCAGGCAAGGCGUGGAGGAGCAACGCAAGGCGGACCAGGACUUGCAGGACUCCCUAUACGAGUACAACCAGAAGCAGAGGGUGCUGCGGCUAUGGGGAAAGAGAGUCACUCAGGGCGCGGCGAGCCUGAACAUCACUCGGGAGACCAAGGUCAACAACGGGAGGGAGGCCCGCAGAAUGCUCGGUGCGGCGGGCACGAAGUCGCAGGCCCUGACGGUGGAGGAGCUGGAGGAGUGCCAGAAGUACGCCAAGGUCGACCUGCUCAGGACCCUGAGAGAGCGGUCGCGCGAGUUCGCGGACGGAGAGAUAAUUUUCCACCGGGGGGACCAACAUUCCACGUGCUACUUCGUCCACAAGGGGGUGGUGCGACUGGAAUGGGCAGACGGAACAAUCGAAACAAAGGAGACGGGGGAGAUGUUUGGCGAGGAGGCCCUGGUGGUAAACCUUGCAACAUCGGCCACGGCAAUCGCGGAAGGCCCGGUGUCGUGUGUGGGCAUGGAUCGGGCCAAGUUCACGGAGGAACACGGAACGCUGGAAAACCUCGGGAUGGUGUUUCUACGCCUGCAGCGGUCGGGAUCCUUCUACACGGCGGACGCGCCCCCUUCCGACGGAAGCCGGGAAGGCAGCCGCCGCUCCAACUUCAACCUAUCCGUCGGGGGCCGCAGCGCGAGGGUUCUGUCCGGGGUAGGGGGGGGGGGGGGGGGGGGGGGGGGGCCCGCCCCCCCCAAAUCGUGCCGGGGGCCGUCUCAGGAACUGUUCCCCCCCACCGACUUGGAGCUCCCCCAGCGUUGGGGAAAUCGGGGCACCCGGAAAACUGCUGCUGCUGCUGUCGCGGGGGCGGGCCGAAAAAACUCUAACCAGUUUGGGUUUUUUCAACAAGGGGGUUUCCCAAAAAGGGGGGGGGGACCCCCCGGGGG